AAUAAAGAGCUUUUCCAGCAAAAGCCAGCAGAGAGAGAGUGCUGUGAUCAUCAUCAUCACUGGGGGAGGAGAAUAGACCUGGAUCUGGUGUUCCUAUCUCUCUCUCCCUCUGAUUUCUGCUGCAUUCCUUUCUUACAUCAAUUUUUAGCACUGAGCCUGAGCAAUAAUGUACAGAUCAACACCAAUUCUAUUCUUCAUUUGUCUACUAGUAGCAGCAACUAGCAGUCAAACAGUUAAUCUUGCAUCAGAUCGUGUUGGUACUACGAUUAUGGCUCCAGUAUUGGAAACUCUUGAUUCACUAGAUGAUUUAGCUGGAUCCCAAUUUGAAUCUUCCUUUGCAUAUUUCUCACGUUUAAACCCAGACUACACUGGCAGUGUUGUUAGAUGGACGAGACAGUCAACUGAUGUUGAUAUCUUAAAUGUUGAAAUCAGACAGAACUCGCCAUCAAGUCGUAAAGUGUUCAAUGUAGGGUUAAACGAUCAGACUCCUAUUGGUUUCCUCUUACCAAGUUCUUCUGAUUCAAAUCGAAGCAUUGGCUUUACGUUGAGAGAUGGAGUCAGACUCUCUGUGUAUAGUGACUGCUUCUUCCUUGGGUCUGUGGAACUGACCAGCAAAGCAACUGCUAAUGAUCAAGGACAGCUUACUUAUUUUAAUGAUGCAACCCAAGCUAAUCCUGCCACUUUCAAUACUUUCCAAUUCUCCAGUCUAACCAGUAUAGCUACAACUGGCUGUCAAUCCAUACAAGUCUACUUUACUAAUACCACUGGAAUGAAAGGGCCACCUGGAGACCCAGGAGCAAGAGGUCACCCAGGAAAGGGUAUACCAGGAGUACCCGGUAGGAAUGGAACUGACGGUACGAAUGGUACAGAUGGAACUCCAGGAGACCCUGGUUCUAAAGGUCUUCCUGGUCCACCUGGACGCAAGGGAUUGCCAGGAGACCCUGGUAUGAAAGGGAAACCAGGAGAUGAUGGGAUGAAAGGAGAGCCUGGGAGAAAAGGUAACCCUGGCCCUCCUGGUACCGAUGGUCCUCCUGGUCUUCCUGGACGCAAUGGAACUGACGGUAGUCCGGGUUCUACUGGGAAACCUGGUCCACCUGGUUCAAUAGGUCCACCUGGAAUGAAAGGAAUGCCUGGAGAACCUGGUAGCAAUGGUACUGAUGGAGCCGAAGGUCCCGAGGGUCCUCAAGGUCCUGUGGGUCCUAAAGGAGAAAAAGGAAUGCAAGGUCCAGCUGGUCCUAGUGGAAUGAAUGGUACUAAAGGAGAGAGGGGUAUGAUUGGUCCUGAAGGCCCUGAAGGACCCCGUGGGUUCCCUGGCUUUAACGGAACUGAUGGACCCAGAGGAGAAAUGGGAGAGAGAGGAAUGCCUGGAGUACCUGGCAGGAAUGGAACUGAUGGAGUUAAAGGAGAUAAAGGGGACCCUGGAAAUAAUGGCACCAUGGGUCCUAUGGGUCCUCCAGGAAUGAAAGGUAUGGAUGGACCUCCAGGUAGAGCUGGAAAACCAGGACCUCCGGGCCUGCCUGGUAAUGGUUCUCUUGGUAGAGACGGUAAACCUGGGAUCAAUGGAACUGAUGGAAUGAAAGGUAAACCAGGAGAAAAGGGAAUGAAAGGAGAGCCAGGCUCAGAUGGAAGAGCGGGGAAACCAGGUCCAGCUGGUGUUCCUGGUUUCAAUGGGACCAAAGGCGAGAAAGGAAUGUCUGGUCAACCUGGAAUACCUGGAUUGAAUGGAACAGCUGGUGCUAGAGGAGAGAGAGGGCCACCAGGACUCAAUGGGACUAAAGGAGAUAAGGGAGACACUGGAUCACCUGGUAAUGAUGGCAGAGAUGGAAUUAAUGGAACCAAAGGUGAAAAAGGUAGCGAUGGUUCUGAUGGUCUGAUGGGUCCUCCUGGUAGUAAUGGAACUAUGGGUCCAAUGGGACCUCCUGGUUUCAAUGGCUCUAGAGGUGAUCCUGGAGAGAAGGGAAUGAUUGGUCCACCUGGACUACGUGGUCAGACUGGAAAACCAGGUUCACCAGGUGUGUGCGGCUGUAAUGGCACUGAGGGCGGUGUCCAGGGCCCCCCAGGUCCUCCUGGCCCAAGAGGAGGUACUGGUAAACCGGGUGAGCCCGGAAUGAAAGGAGAUCCUGGUCGUAAAGGUACUCCAGGUGAUCCUGGAGCACCUGGUACUAACGGAACUGAUGGGAGGGCUGGUAAACCUGGACCAGCUGGAAUGAAAGGAGAAAAAGGUAUGGCUGGACCAGCUGGUAUGAAUGGAACAAGAGGAGAGAAAGGAAUGACAGGACCACCUGGUUUGAAUGGCACUUUUGGGUUACCUGGUAUGAAUGGAUCUGAUGGUCCACCUGGACCACCUGGAAGAGACGGUUUUAAUGGCUCCACUGGUCAACGCGGUGAGGAGGGGCCACCAGGAUCACGAGGAGUACCAGGAAAGAUGGGACUGCAAGGAAUGAAAGGAAUGAACGGGUCAAAGGGAGAGAUGGGACCAAUGGGACCACCGGGUAUUAAUGGUACAAGAGGUGAGAAGGGAUCAAAUGGAACGAGAGGUCCGAUGGGCCCUAGAGGAGAAAUGGGUGAACCAGGUCCCCCUGGCAACAACGGCACUAUGGGUCCCAUGGGACCAGCAGGUCAAGAUGGAGAUCCGGGAACCCCAGGAUCAAGGGGGCCCCCUGGAAAAAUGGGACCGAGAGGACCGGAAGGACCCCUAGGACCAAAUGGAACUCAAGGAGAACCUGGAGAUGAUGGACCUAAGGGUGAUCCUGGUACCCCAGGGGCCAGGGGACCUCCUGGUAAAAUGGGAACUAACGGAGUACCAGGAGCUAGAGGACCACCUGGUAAGACUGGUAUUGACGGAGAACCUGGAAUACCUGGUAGUAGAGGCCCACCUGGUAAAAUGGGAUCUGAUGGUAUCCCUGGAGCGAGGGGACCUCCUGGUAAGUCAGGAAUACCUGGGGCAAGAGGACCACCUGGAAAAUCAGGUCUACCCGGAGUACCUGGUAGAUCAGGCCCACCUGGAAAGAACGGUGAGCCAGGUAUGAAAGGUAUGCCAGGUGUUAACGGGACUACUGGUCGUAAAGGAUCCCCUGGUCCACCUGGUAUGAACGGCACUGCUGGUGAACCAGGUCCUAUGGGUCCACCUGGAGCUAACGGAACUAACGGGAGGAGUGGCCCUCCUGGUAAGGCAGGGACACCAGGUGCUAGGGGUCCGCCUGGUAAAGCUGGUUUACCCGGACAGGAAGGAAGAACUGGAUUACCUGGGAAAGAUGGAGUUGAAGGUCCUGAGGGUCCUAAAGGAGACCCUGGUCCUCCCGGUAACAAUGGGACUGACGGUAGGAAGGGUCCACCUGGUCCUCCUGGUCAAGACGGUCCACCUGGUUUGAACGGUACAGUUGGUCCUGUUGGUCCUAAAGGAAUGAAUGGAACCUCGGGAGAGAGAGGACUCACUGGGAAACCAGGAGCAAUUGGUGAUCCUGGUAUGAAAGGUAUUAAAGGUUGUAAAGGAGAGCCUGGAAGAGAUGUUGUUAUCGAAGGUCCUCAAGGUCCUCCUGGCCCUCCAGGAAGAAAGGGAGUACCUGGUGCCAUUGGGCCACCUGGUCGUAAGGGACUGCCUGGAGAGAUUGGACUAAUGGGAAUGAAAGGAGACAAGGGAAAUGAAGGAGAGACAGGUAUGAAAGGUAUGGAUGGUGAACCUGGUCUGAAUGGAACCAAAGGAGAGAAAGGAGAGUCAGGAGGUCCAGUUGGUCCUCCAGGGCCUGAAGGACCAGCUGGCCGUAAAGGUAAAAAUGGUGCCCCAGGUAUGAAAGGUGAACCCGGAAUGAAAGGAGAGUCAGGAACUCCAGGUGGAAUAGCAAUGGUAUUUGAUACUCUUAGCGACUUAGAAGCUGCACAGAAUGUGUCGGUGGGUCAAAUGGCAUUCAGUCUUGAAGACGAUAGACUGUACGUGUACAGUGGUAUGAAUUGGAGAGCCCACAGCUGCUCCUGCUCAGAAUCAAUGAAUAAACGUGACGUCAGUAGGAAAGACUCUGGCGAUUCUGACAAAAGACAAGAGAAUGAGACAAAAGAUGAUAAUUCUAUUUUGGAUAGUGUCAGAAAUUGGUUAGGACUUGGAAGCGAUAGACAGAAAUAGAAGACACACCCACCCACACACCCUCAUACCUUGAUUAUUAUUAAUAUAUUAUUAGUAUCGGUAGAUUUAUUUGUUUCUUUUUGUUUUUCUUCAGUUGUAGUUCAGUGAAAUUCAUUGUUAUUGUUAUUUAAUUUUAUAAUUAUUUCAUUUUAUAAGUAUUAUUAUUAAUAUUGCAUUAGCAGAUUUCCUCUUUUAGUUUAUAUUAUGUAAAAUUGAAAAA